AUGAAUUUUAAAAAUUACUGCCCAUUCAACUACCCCGAAAGUCGGAACAUUAACGCACUUGAUGAUCUUUUAAGUUCUAAAGAAAGCUUAAUAAAUUUCAAAAAUUUUAUUUUAAAAAAUUUAAAUGUAGAUAGUAUAGAUUAUGAUUUAAAAAAGAUUGAAAAUAAAAAGAAUUUGCUAAAAAAUGAGGAGUUUAGAAUAAAGAAAUGGUAUCUGAACUUUCAACCACUAACUAAUAUAUCUAUAGAGCAAUAUUGGAAAUAUGAGAAAGUUACAAUUAAAGAUAUUCUGAGCUCAAAUAUUAAUAUUUCAAGUGAUAAUAAUGUGGAGCUAAAAAAGAAUAAAAAAUACCUCAAGCACAUUUGUAAAUGUAUAUUAAAAGGAAACCCACAUGAAUCGUUAUUAAAAAAUUGUUUUAAAUACUCCGCAUACCAUUCGAACAAUUUAGAUAAGCAUUCCAGAAAUAAUUUUACUAAUAAUAUUAAUUCUUCCUUAUUAAGUUUAAACUCUAGAGCAAUUAAAAAUACACAGAAUUUGAUAAACUGGAAAUUGAAAUAUUCCCAUAAUUUUUCCAAUUUUCAAAAAGCGCGUCCUGACCAACUUGAAAACAGUUCAUCCACUUUUCAUUCUACCGAUGCAGGUAAUAAUAAAAAAAGGAGUAUCGAUCAAAGGGUAGAUCAUAAUAAAGGAAAUAACAAUGGUAUUGCAUCAAAUACUUAUAAAAUUGCUAUAAAGGAUAAAAAUAGUAAAAGAAAAAAAAGGAAGGGUUAA